AUGCAUGUGUCUAUUCCUACCGAGAUCCCUGAGUGGGACGUUUGGACGCGAAGUCUAUCAAAGGAUUAUCACUGGGAAGAUCCAGCGCCCGAGCAAGCUCCUGCUCGAGGCCGGGAGGCUUGCUGGGAGUACAACAACGGCCUGUCGUGCACUAAAGCAUCCUGCCACAACAUUCAUGACGAUGCGGUGAGGGACAAGGCUAUCGAGAAACGGACGAUUGCAGCGACUCCGAACAAGAAGCGCCACAACAAGCAGAGCCCUCCAGCAUCUGACAUUACUCUCCAAAAGAACCUCGAUGGCACUAAAAGCAAAGAAGUUUGUCGGAAGUUUAUCCAGGGCAACUGUACGCGUCACAGGUGCCCGUUCAUCCACAAUGCUACCGCACGGGAUAUCCCCAAGGCUGCGAAUGACCUAUUUAAGCAAACUUCGUCUCAAAACGCAUCUUUUAACAACAACAAGCUCAACAGUGCCGACCCGUCGCCUGAGAAGAAACACCCGUCAAGCGCCCAACAAAACCAGAAGAGGCUCUGCCGCAACUUUGCCAAAGGAUACUGCUCGAGAGGGAAUGACUGCCGCUACUCCCACGAUAUUCCGGCCACCAAGCCAAAGACAGAAAUCUUGCCCACCGACCAGAAUUCCUGGCCCAAGAAGUCUAUAGUUAAGGAGGCUUUGCCCAUGAACCAUGGCGAUCCAGGCAAAAGCGACCAGAAGGCCCCAAAGAAGCUUUCGUUCAAGAAAAUCCAGGCAGCCGAGCAGGCCAUCGCAUCCCUCAAGAAUCAGCAACCAAAGAUGACUUACGCAACUGUAGUACUUCGCUCAGGCACACAAAAUUACAACGUUCGAAACAAUCAUUCAUCUAGGGAUAUUCCAGCUGCGGAGGAGACCACCGUACCCAAGAAGGAUCUACCAGUCAGGAAAAGUUACUCGGCUGUAGUGUCGCCUCCAAGCACAAUAGCUCACAAGACUCAGGGUGAUGUAUCGAAGAUGGAAGUGGCAGCGAAGCCCAUCGCCCAGAAAAUUGCUCCUCCACCAGAGCUUCCCAACGUCAUGACCACCAAUUUGGGCAUUGGGGCAUCUUGGGAUUCCAUCACCUUGAAGAAGUGGGCGGAGGCCAACCUUAGACCUGAAGUUCUGGCUCAAUACCUGAAGGCCUACGGAGGAUAUCUCGACCAGGGCGUGAUUCCCGUGGCCGCUCUCCAUGCCGACCCCAGCAAACCUCGCCCCAAAGUCCGAAAGGCGAAGUUCCGGAACUUUGGCAUCCUUCCCUUCGAGCUCCGUGAGCAGAUAUGGAACUACGCCCUGGAUCACGUACAUUUCGAUUGCCGUGUUGGCUUACGCCGCAAGACACAUGACAGCAGGCUCGGACUAGAUCCCACAAUCAGAAUUACAAGAUGCGGCCCAUCGCCCCAGAUACUGAAGGUCAAUCACGAACUGCGAGAGCUAGCUUUAAAGCGCUGGGAGCGCAAAUUCCCCACCAAAACCUCGAGCGUUCGCCACUGCUUCUUUAAUUUCGCCAAUGACCGCCUGUUCUUCAAUGGCACUGCUGCGUGGCAACUGAUACAUAUCGCGCAGGCCAUCCUCCCACAAGAUCGAUGCCGCGUCCGAUCUAUUGCCAUCCCUCUGCGCGACUUUGUCCACGGAAGCAAGGAGGACUUCAUCAAGACAGUUAUGCUUUUCAAGAAUUUAGAGGAGCUAUGGAUCGUAGUCGGUGAUAGCAAGGAGGAUGAGGUUUAUUCGAAAAGUCACUUUACAAAGGCAGUAUGGGAGAUGGUCCGCAAGGCUUGGAUCCGAACGUAUGCGGGUAGGCGUGUGCCCAGUAUCUGGAAACAGAUCAUUCCAGCGCUUCGGGCUAAGUAUUAUGGUAUUGAUGGUCUUAUUUGGGACGCGAAGGUGUUUGUUUGA